CUACGGUCAAGCAUAUGAGUCGCCUUCCCAAUGCUUUAUGUUUGCCCACGUCUUCGCGAGGUCGUUCCUUCUUCACCUGUCUUGCUUCCCUAAGUUGGCCAAGUUCACGCUAUCUAAGGUAAGAGUUACACAGGAAGUCUUGGUCUUUAUAAUGUUCCCCUUAAGUGCAACGCAAUGGACAUGAUUGGUCAUCGAGGCUGAGACUGCAGUCGCUCCUGCUGCCUGAUACAUCAAUGCAGUAGGUUACCUCACUUCAGCCUCGUUGCCAUUUCUCUUCUCAUUCUAUCACCUCGAAGUCAUCCAAAAUGCUUGAUAAAAUCCCUCAAGAAGUUCUGGAGCACCUCAUCCUAGAUUUAGGACAAGCAGAUCUAAAGCACUUGAGACUCGCCAACAGGACUCUUGGAGUUAAAGUCCUCCCAGCCUUGUUCCGCAAGGUCAGCGUCUCAAUACUGACAGUGAAUCAUCUCCGUCAUAUCGCUCAACACCCCAAGAUCUCUGACUAUGUGGAAGAACUGUGGUACCUCGAGAUGGAUUUCUCUGGCAUUGCCACGGUACCGGGUUGGGACCAAACUGACCAUAUUCGGAACCUCCUAGGGACUAUUCUCGAACAUGUUGCCCACGUCAAAAAAAUUGGCCUCAGACCAGAGGACUUCGAAAAUCAGGAGGAAAGAGGGGGAAUCUACACGGACGGUACCACUGAAGAUCACGAAGAGGGCCAAGGAGACUUGACCGAAUUCUUGCGGACCAUUCCAAAGGUUAUCGAAUCGUACAACCAGAAAGCAGCACUGCAGAGCAGUGGAUAUCUACACGAGUCCUUUACUUUCGCUUUUCAGCGCCUGCCGAACCUUCGACAUCUUGUUUCUGUGGAGCCGGUCAGCGGCAUCGCCACUGGGUAUCUAGAGAUCGAAGAAGAUGACCAGUUACGCCAACUGCAUGACAUUUUCCCAGUUGAUGAUGCCGUUCUACAUACCAAUUUCCGACCAUGGCAAACAACAUGGCCAGGACACGGAUUCAUAGGGAUGUGGCAGGCUCUCUGUGACUCUCAUCACUACUCCAACAUCCAACAUUUGGAGAUCAAACGAAACGAGGACCUGUUCAUCAAACGCGGCAUAUCUCUUAGCUGGAUGGAUUCCAGCUUGGGCGAUCAAGCUUCCGAUGGUGCCUUCCGUUAUUUAAGAAGUCUCAAGCUUUGUCUAGAAGUGACUCCAAGACCAUUACCAUCAACAUACUCAGAUAAGCUUGUGACUGCGCUGGCAGGGGCAUCAAACCUCAGGGAGCUCGAGAUAUCCUUGCCUUCGGCCGAGGGGAACACCCAAAUGUGCCUCACCGACAUCCUUCCAAUGACGACACUGCCACAACUCAGGUCGGUGACAUUGGAAGAGUUCUGCUUCUCCACCAUGCAGGAAAUCAAUCAAUGGCUGUUCAAGCACCCGAAACUUAGAAAUCUAGCAUUGAGAAGACCAGUGUUGGGCGGCUCCUGGGCUACACUUCUUGACCUGUGGUCGGCUAGGACACAGUUCGUCCUUGACUCCUUCGAAUUGAAGGAACCUAAAGACUACGAGAGCUUGUUCAAGACGAACGACCUUGACGGUUGCCAGGUUCCGUCCCGAGUCUCGAAGGACGCCCUCGUGCACUAUAUCAAUCAUGGCGGCGUCAAUCCACUCAAACACCGUCGCUGGAGAAGAUUCGAUAGUUCUAUGGACCCGGAUGGUGAUCUUGACGACCGGCUUUCUGAGUUCUCGGAUAUGUCUGUGUGGCUGCCAGACGACCACCCCGAUCCAGUCGAGGACUCGGAUGGACCCGAAUUUGAUGAGGAUUAUGAUUUCGAUGCUGAGGAGGAUAGUGAUAUGGACGUGGAACUUGCCGGCCUUCAGGCUAACGGGAUAGACGAUCUCGAGGCAGGCGAAGACUCUGAUGUUGAAAUGGUCGACACUACCCUCCUGUGAACCCACAACGACUGCAAGCCUUAUAGUAAAUGGGCAGACAUAGUUUCACAAUGGCUCAGCCUUGCAUACGUCGGUGGGGCAACAUGAUUGGCUGACACACAACGAGGCUGGACCUCGGCUUUGACCGC